CUGAGUCUUUUCAGGCAUGAUGAUACAUACAGCAGGGUGACUGAGUCUUUUCAGGCAUGAUGAUACAUACAGCAGGGUGACAGUCUUUUCAGGCAUGAUGAUACAUAUAGCAGGGUGACAGUCUUUUCAGGCAUGAUGAUACAUACAGCAGGGUGACAGUCUUUUCAGGCAUGAUGAUACAUAUAGCAGGGUGACAGUCUUUUCAGGCAUGAUGAUACAUACAGCAGGGUGACUGAGUCUUUUCAGGCAUGAUGAUACAUAUAGCAGGGUGACAGUCUUUUCAGGCAUGAUGAUACAUAUAGCAGGGUGACAGUCUUUUCAGGCAUGAUGAUACAUACAGCAGGGUGACAGUCUUUUCAGGCAUGAUGAUACAUAUAGCAGGGUGACAGUCUUUUCAGGCAUGAUGAAAGCAACAGCUUAGUGUCACAAAUCCUGUGUAUUAGUAACAAAACUUCACAGAACUUCAGCAAACAACUUAAGAAAGUGAAUUGAACGUUUGAUAUGUGGUCUCUUUUAGAUCAUUUCUACGAGGACAGGAACUUCCAGGGCCGCUCUUAUGAGACCAGCCAGGACUGCCCUGACAUGUCCUCCUACAUGUCUCGCUGACAGUCCUGCAGGGUGGAGAGCGGCUGCUUCAUGGCGUACGAGCGCCCCAACUUCAUGGGAAACCAGUUCUUCCUGAGGAGGGAAGAGUACUCAGACUACAUGCAUAUGGGAAUGAGUGACUCGGUCCUCUCCUGCCGUAUGAUCCCUCAGAUCAUCUUCUACGAGGACAAGAACUUCCAGGGUCGUUCCUAUGAGGCCAGCAAUGAUUGCCCUGAGCUGACAUCCCACCUGAGCAGGUGCAACUCCUGCAGGGUUGAGAGCGGCUGCUUUAUGGUCUACGAGCGCCCCAACUUCAUGGGACACCAGAUGCUGGUCAGAAGAGGAGAGUACCCCGACAACCAGCGCCUGAUGGGCAUGAGCCAGAGCGACUGCAUCAGGUCCAGCCGUUUGAUCCCCAUGCACAAAGGAAACUUCAUGAUGAGGAUCUACGAGAAGGAGAACUUCGGAGGUCAGAUGCAUGAGAUGAUGGACGACUGUGACUCCAUCCAGGAGCGUUACCGUAUGUCAGACUGCCAGUCCUGCAACGUGAUGGACGGCCACUGGCUGAUGUACGAGCAGCCCCACUUCAGAGGCAGAAUGAUCUACCUGAGGCCUGGAGAAUACAGGAGCCUGAGGGAUAUGGGCUUGGGCCCCGUGGACAUGAGAAUCGGCUCCAUCAGACGUAUCAUGGACUCCUGUUAAACCCCCAUCAAACUCCACCUAAUCCUAAUAAAUAUAUGCUUUUAUCUGUUGUAAGACUUUUGCUCUUUUAUUCCCUUCACAACACGUGUUCAGUAUUGUACUUGUCAAAUAGUGUAGACUUCAUGUAGAAGCCUUACAUCAAUAGAUACUGCAUUAAGACUUCCCUUUCAACCAGAUCUCGCACACUUGAGAUGUACAAUUCAUAUUUAUUUUUUUAACGGAUUGUACUCUAGGUUUGAGAGAUGUUCUGGUUAGGGUUCCAUCCCGAGAAUAAAUCCCUUUUUCUCCCAGGUAACCCAGUAUUUCCCGCCAAAACCAGAAAUGUAAUUCUAAAGCUUUAUAAAGCAUAUAAAUGUCUAGAUUUGAUUAGAGCUUUGAUCAGCAUGAACUUUAAAAUCUGAUGCUAUCUGAACCUGAU